AGCCCACCGCCCGGGCCCCAAUGAGUAACUCCAGGAAUAACAGGGUGAUGGUGGAGGGGGUCGGGGCCCGGGUAGUGCGCGGCCCUGACUGGAAGUGGGGGAAGCAGGACGGCGGCGAGGGCCAUGUGGGCACAGUCCGGAGCUUCGAGAGCCCUGAGGAGGUGGUGGUGGUGUGGGACAACGGCACUGCUGCAAACUACCGCUGCUCCGGGGCCUACGACCUGCGCAUCCUGGACAGCGCGCCCACGGGCAUCAAGCAUGAUGGAACCAUGUGUGAUACCUGCCGCCAGCAACCAAUCAUUGGCAUUCGAUGGAAAUGUGCAGAGUGUACAAAUUAUGAUUUGUGCACAGUGUGUUAUCAUGGAGAUAAACAUCAUUUAAGACAUCGCUUUUACAGAAUUACCACACCAGGAAGUGAGCGGGUUCUGUUAGAGUCUCGUAGAAAAUCUAAGAAGAUUACAGCCAGAGGAAUCUUCGCAGGUGCCAGAGUGGUACGAGGAGUGGACUGGCAGUGGGAAGAUCAGGAUGGUGGAAAUGGACGUAGGGGAAAGGUAACAGAAAUCCAGGAUUGGAGUGCAUCAAGCCCACACAGUGCAGCCUAUGUUCUCUGGGAUAAUGGUGCUAAGAACCUUUACAGAGUUGGCUUCGAGGGCAUGUCUGAUCUGAAGUGUGUUCAGGAUGCCAAAGGAGGUUCUUUCUACAGAGAUCACUGCCCUGUGCUAGGUGAGCAGAAUGGCAACAGGAAUCCUGGUGGAUUACAGAUUGGUGACCUAGUAAAUAUAGAUCUUGACCUAGAAAUUGUACAGUCUUUGCAGCAUGGUCAUGGAGGAUGGACUGAUGGAAUGUUUGAGACUUUAACUACAACUGGAACUGUUUGUGGCAUUGAUGAAGAUCAUGACAUUGUAGUACAGUAUCCAAGUGGCAAUAGGUGGACCUUCAAUCCUGCUGUUCUCACUAAAGCAAACAUUGUCCGAAGUGGGGAUGCUGCUCAAGGUGCAGAAGGAGGUGCCUCCCAGUUUCAAGUGGGUGACCUUGUACAAGUUUGUUAUGAUCUGGAAAGAAUUAAACUUCUACAACGAGGACAUGGCGAAUGGGCUGAAGCGAUGCUUCCAACUUUAGGUAAAGUUGGCCGAGUACAACAGAUAUACUCAGACAGUGAUUUAAAGGUGGAAGUUUGUGGAACAUCUUGGACAUAUAAUCCAGCAGCAGUUUCCAAGGUGGCAUCUGCAGGAUCAGCCAUUAGCAAUGCAUCUGGUGCUCCAAUUAUCUUUGUAAAUGGGCAAUGUGCUGGCCAUACAGCUAUGCAAGCUGCUAGUCAGAAUGGACAUGUUGACAUUUUGAAGUUACUUUUGAAGCAAAACGUGGAUGUAGAAGCAGAGGAUUCUGAAGGUGAUACCCCUCUUCAUGAUGCAAUAAGUAAGAAACGUGAUGAUAUCCUGGCAGUUCUUUUGGAAGCUGGAGCAGAUGGUAAUGCAAACCUAGAUAUCCAGAACGUGAACCAACAAACUGCCCUACACCUUGCUGUUGAACGACAACACACCCAAAUUGUUAGGCUUCUCGUCCGUGCAGGUGCCAAAUUAGAUAUUCAGGAUAAGGAUGGGGAUACUCCUUUGCAUGAAGCUCUGAGGCAUCACACUUUGUCUCAGCUGCGUCAGCUGCAAGAUAUGCAAGAUGUAGGGAAGGUGGAUGCUGCUUGGGAGCCAUCCAAAAACACAUUAAUAAUGGGACUUGGUACCCAGGGGGCAGAAAAGAAGAGUGCAGCAUCAAUUGCCUGUUUCUUGGCAGCCAAUGGCGCUGACCUUAGCAUUCGAAAUAAGAAGGGUCAAUCGCCACUUGAUCUCUGUCCUGAUCCAAGUCUCUGCAAAGCACUGGCAAAGUGUCAUAAGGAAAAAGUCAGUGGUCACGUGGGUUCUCGAAGUCCUUCUAUGAUUAGUAACGAUUCUGAAACCUUAGAAGAGUGUAUGGUGUGCUCAGAUAUGAAAAGAGAUACCCUUUUUGGCCCAUGUGGACAUAUUGCUACCUGUUCUUUAUGUUCUCCACGAGUCAAGAAAUGCCUCAUCUGUAAAGAACAAGUUCAAUCCAGGACAAAGAUUGAAGAAUGUGUGGUAUGCUCUGACAAGAAAGCAGCUGUUCUUUUUCAACCCUGUGGACACAUGUGUGCUUGUGAAAAUUGUGCUAGCCUGAUGAAAAAGUGUGUGCAGUGUCGGGCAGUAGUUGAACGAAGAGUACCUUUCAUUAUGUGCUGUGGAGGGAAAAGUGCAGAAGAUGCCACUGAUGAUAUCUCUAGUGGGAAUAUUCCAGUCUUACAGAAGGACAAGGAUAAUACCAAUGUCAAUGCAGAUGUGCAGAAGUUACAGCAACAAUUACAGGACAUUAAAGAGCAGACAAUGUGCCCUGUGUGUUUGGAUCGUCUGAAGAAUAUGAUUUUCCUCUGUGGCCAUGGAACAUGCCAGCUCUGUGGAGACCGCAUGAGUGAAUGUCCUAUUUGUCGCAAGGCUAUUGAACGAAGGAUUCUUUUGUAUUAACUAAGAACCACAGUGUGUUUUGUUAGCUAAAAUAUCUGAUCAUGAGAUUUUAGUAAGCUUUUAAGCUAGUAGGAAGUUCUAAUGACUUAAUUUCUAAUAUCAUAGUUUCUUUACUAGGAUGUAAUUAGACUGUAAAUGUUCUAGAACAAAAACUCUACAGAAGUGUUUGAAAUUGUGUUUUUUGGGGUUUUCUUUUUUCUUUUAAAUUUAGAACACCAAAUCCAUGUAAUUCGUAGGUAAUUUACUUUUAGCUUCUAAGGGGAAACCAUUACGGAUCUCCUGGUUAUUUUUGGUUUUAUUGUAUUUUCUCUUAUAAUUUAUA